UCGAUUUGAACGGUCAUCCAACUCGGAAUUCCAAAUCGGGAAUUCGGGCCUCUUUCCGAAUUUCCGACCUGAAGAUCACUGACGUCAUGAUUUGACCUUGUAUUUUGCCGAGUUUCCAGAACAAGGCAAGUGUAGUGUAGACUUGAGCGUACUGUCAAUCGCUGUUACAUAACGGAGAACUUUGGCCAGGCGUGCUUGAGAACUGGAGUAACAUAAAGCGGGUCAAAUGAGGAGUCUGUGAAUACAGGCUACAGCAGACCCUAGACAUGUCUUCCCAAGACUACGACUGCAUAGUGAUAGGAGCCGGGGUUCAGGGCUCUUUCACUGCCUAUAACCUUGCGAAAAAUAACAAGAACACCCUUCUACUUGAACAGUUUGUCCUGCCGCACUCUCGUGGCAGCUCUCAUGGCCAGACACGCAUCAUCCGCAAGGCCUACGACGAGGACUACUACACCCACAUGAUGGAGGAAUGCUAUCAGCUCUGGACUCAGCUGGAGAAAGAGGCCAACGUCAAGCUUUACAGGACCUCCUCUCCCAGACGUACAGGUCUGCUAGUGAUGGGUCCAGAGAAGGGGGACUACCAGGUGUUCAAGUCCACACUGGAGAGGAACAAGGUUCCCAUAGUGAUCCUGCCGAGGGAGGAGUUCAGCCAACACAUCCCCCAUGUUAACCUGUCCCAGGGAAACGCAGCCCUGGUGGACACCACUGCCGGAGUGCUGUACGCUGACCGCACACUCAAAACAGUACAGGGACAGUUCCAGAAAUUGGGGGGCAUGAUCAAGGACGGACAGAAGGUGAUUGACAUCACACCGGGCUCUGUGGUAACCGUGACGACAGUCAGUGGGAUGUACAGAGCUAAGCACUUGGUGAUCACAGCUGGACCCUGGGCCAACACCCUGCUGUCCCACACAGGCCUUCAGCUACCACUGCAGGUGAUAAAGAUUAAUGUGUGCUACUGGAGGGAGAAGGUCCCUGGCUCCUACAACAUCCAGCACCGCUUCCCCUGCUUCAUCCAGCUGGAGUCAGAGGAGGCAAAGCAUCACAUCUACGGCCUCCCGUCCAAUGAGUACCCAGGCCUGAUGAAGCUUUGCUACCACACUGGCCCUGAGACGGACCCUGACGAUAGGGACAGACAGACGGACAGGGGGGACAUAGACAUCCUACAGCGCUACAUCACCCGCUGCUUCCCUGGCCUGGUGCCCAUCCCUGCUGUGGUGGAGAGCUGCAUGUACACAGUCACGCCAGACAACCAUUUUGUCCUGGACCACCAUCCCACUCACAGUAAUAUCGUUAUCGGAGCAGGCUUCUCAGGUCACGGAUUCAAGUUUGGCCCAAUCAUUGGCAAGCUGCUGUGUGAACUGAGCCAGGGAGAAGUGCCCUCCUAUGACCUCUCCCCCUUCAGAAUCAGACGCUUCCAAGCCCACUCCAAGUCAGCACUGUAGGAUCGGGAUCGUUGGCUAUAACAACCAUUUUUCUCAGGAACCAGACCUUUACAAAAUGAAGAAAUUGAAGGUUUUCAUACCAGUGUGGCUGAAGCCUAAACAAACAAUGGUCGCUCGCAAAUAAAUAUUUACUUUUCAAGCUAAUCGUUGAGAAAAGUGACGUAGGGACGAGAGCCUUGAAAUGAGAUGUGGAAACAAAUCAAUGAUUCACUAAAGCUGAUCUCUCAGCUGCUGUGUUAAUACUGCUCUGUAAAUCAUACUCUCAUAGCCUCUGUUUGGACCUGGGACCCAUCCUGCAUCAUUUCAAACCAGACUAAUAAUAAUAGUAAUAAUAAUGUAUUACAUUUGUAAUGCACUUUUCAUUAUACAAGAAUAAUAUCAAAGUGCACAAAAUAAAAGAGCAAAUAAAAAACAAAUUUUUAAAUAACAAAACAAAUAUAUCUAACCAUCAUGAAAGCAACAAUCAAAGUCUAAGAGGAAGGCCCUAAUGGUAAGCCAGCUGAUAGAGGUGAGUCUAAAGGCCAACUGGAACAUUGUUGAAGAACUGUAAACGCGUUCAUCUGUGACAAAUGGUAUUAAACUUGGGGAGAAAAUAGUACCCUUA